UGUCGGCGCGCGCGCAACUCCGCCCGCAGUGCUCGUUCCGAGUUCCUCAGUUAAUGAACUAGAAUCAGUUUAUUUAUCGGUUUCUGUUUAUUUUCUGCUAUUUUUAUUGGAUUUUUUUGGAUCUUUUUACCCUUUGUGUCAAAAUGACACCGAAAUCGAACAGCUGUUGCGGGAUCAACCUCCGUCCACUAUGCUUCAUGAUCGGAUACUUGCACCUGCUAUCAAGUGUGGUGGAUGUUGUCUGUCAUCUAUUGACAGUCGCUAUUGUCACCAAUGGCUUCCAGUGCGAUGUCAACAAUGAGAGCCUUCAAGCGAUCUCCAUACCCUGGCUGGAACCACUCCUGAUCGUGUUGAACCUCGGCACUCAUGGCUUCUACCCAUACCCUCGCGUCUUCCGCAACCAGUACCACAUCUACGUGGAACAGAUGUCAGUGGCUUCUGAACCUAAGUGCUACCCCGGAAUGCUGCACAUCUACCUGAUAGACCUUCUCAAUUUCCUCAUCAACCUCAUCUGGCUAAGGAUCGUCGUUUCUUAUGUUGGGGCUGUACACAAGAAAAACCCUGAACCCAUGCGUAUGUUCCUGAGCCUCUCUGUAGUCAAGCUGGUGAUGCAGGCCAUGUACUUCGGAUACCAGCCCUUCUUCUACGACGUCUACACUAUCGAAACUGUCUGGUUCCUGAAGCUCACUGAUAUUUUGAUCGCCGUAUUCUUCUUGAUAAUAGUGCAGAAGUAUACAAAAGCCUUAAGGCUGGAAAAGGCAGCUACUCAGAACAUUGAAAAGCCACCAUCCUACAUCGAAUGCCUGAUCAACGGACAUGUGCGUCCACCAAGCUACGAGGUCAAAGAAGAAGUAGUCAUCGUAGAUGAAGAAAGGAAACAGAAUAUUGAAAAUGCAGAAAAGUCCUGAUUGGUCUAGAUGUAAAUUAUUCAAACGCAUACUUCUAGUAAACGCAUGCUAUUGGCUACUAUAAUAUUAAUACAAAGAACUUAGAUAGAGAUGAAAGUAAUUUUAUAAGUAAUUUUAUUAAAGUAUGAAGUUUCAGAACCUAAAAAACUUGUCACAGUUGAUAUAUGAGCCUUAAGAUUUGCCCUUUGUUAUGUUAUAUUUUUUAAGUAAAUAAUAUUUUCAUCAGUUUUCAUCAUUUUCUAUUGUAUUUAGUUUAAGUUCACCCGAAGAGGAUGUCUUAGAAAAUUCUUCUUCAAAAUUAGCAAAGAUUUUAACUCUUGUUCCUGCUCCAAUUUCAAGACUUAUUAUUAUAUUGGUAGUGAUAUUUUCAUUUCCAUCUUUUUAGAUAUUAAUAGUGUUUUAGAUGAGCACUGUUAAUAGUUACUUAGUUAGAUUCUGCGAAAUAAUUCCAAUUAUAUUGUCAUCUAAUCUGACGCUCUCCUAUUUUAAUCAAAUCCGAAAUAAAUUGGUUUUAACUGGAAUAAACCGGUUCAAAUCAGUUCUAACCGGGGUCAUCUUGUACGUUCCGGUAAUUUUAAAAUCUCGUUUAGUUCGUAUUAUUAUUAUUUGAUUAAGAUUAAGAAUUGUAUUCCUAUCCUUAUGUUAAGUUUGUUUAAGUGUUCUCUUAUGCUAGAAUUAUAGAGGUAUCUAUGUUUUAUUGUGAUCUGCACAGAUCUCCGUGAUAUUCCAUUUUUCUCGAUUAAUUUUAUUUAUGAAAUGAAUGUCGAAUGAAAAAUUGUAUUUAGUAACGAAUUUUUAUUUAAUAAAUUUAUUAGAUUUACA